AUGCAACCUUAUAAGAACUUGCGUGCUUGGUUGCUGCUUGCCCUCUUUGGAUGUGUGCUUUUGGCCACAGUUUCCGCCAAUCCCGUCGAUAUUGAUGAAUUGAACGACGAAGAUGAGGAUAAAGGAAUUGCAGAUGAGAAGGAAAACUUUGAAGAGGAUGAGGAAGACGAUCAGGAAGCAGAUACUUCCAAGUCCCAGGAUGAUUUAGAUGCCUCUGGAUCACAGGAUGAACCAAAGAAAGAUGUUGAAGAAGAACGCGACGAAAGCAGCCAAAAUGAGGAAGACAUCGAGUAGUUGUACUGAGAAUUUAUACCGACCUCUACCCAUCCAUUUGUUGAUUUAGCUUACCCGUUUUAUACCUUUUGUUAGAAGUUUAAACAACUGUUCACAUAAUUAA